AUGUCCACGCAAUCCGCCCAAAGCAUCCUCUUCACCCACACAGCCCCGCAACAAGGCAUCCGAUUACUCGAACUCCCACCGGAAGUGGCAGACCUCCUUACCAGCGCGAACCCUCCCACACUCUACCUCAAAUCCCCAGCCACAAACACAAACACCACCACCGCAACAAAACCAACAGAAACCCACCAUCGCGAAUACGUCAACCUCUGCACCCCCACGCAAACCUACCGCAUCCGCCAAGUCCAGUCCUCAAACUCCCUCCACAUCCUCCAACCAAGCACCGGAGGCGAGGAUGUCCGCCGCGAUCUAGCUGCCGUCGUCGAUCUGCGCGCUGCCGCCACUAGGACCCAGCCCGCUUCAUCUGCUGAGUCCGGUGAGGUAGACGGUGGUGAUAUGCUGGAUAACAAUCUAGACAUCAACCUCGCGCAAACGGUCACCACGAUCGCGAAGUGCGGGUCAACGCUCGAGUUACACGUUCCCGAGAACGGGUUCGGCGCAGCGGAGUUCCUUUCUGGGGGGGCGUUAGGGCUUCUACGGCGUUUCCAGUUGGGGGAUGAUACCACUGGUUUUGGCGACCGGGCAGGAAAAGCGGAGGAUGAGGAUGAACGCGCCCUGAUGGAGACUAUCUUCGCUGAUGUGCCGGUUUCUAGGGCCGAGUGUGAGAGGGCCUGGGUUCAGGCGUGUGCGUUUUUGUGGCGUGGCGUCGGGUGGGUGCCUUCUUCGGAGGCUAAGAUGGGGGUUUGGAAGAGGGUUGUUGAGGGCGCGCUGGUGCAGGGGAUUGAUCUCCGGGCGCAGUUUUUGGUGGAGGAUUUGUGGGGGGCUGUUUGUGGUGAGGAUGACGAUGGGGACGAGGGGCCCGGGCCGUGUCCGAGGGCGUUGUUUGAGGCGGUUGUGCGGCGGGUUGAUGGGGAUGAGAAUCGGAAACUUGGGGAGGGGUUGAAGUGGGCCGGUCUUGAUAAGGAGGCUUGUGUGCGCUGGGUGGGCGAGACGUAUCUCGAGGCUAUGGCGCCCACGGCUGGCGAUGCCAUUGGCCGUACUCAAUUUCUCACUGCGUGGAAGGAUCAUCUACCCGAGGCUUGGAGGGAGGAGGUGGCUUUGUCCAAAUUGACGGACUCCGUUUAUAAACUGCCCGACCCAACCUCCAUUUGCUUCGUGACCGAAUUCGAGCGGCAGCGAGCCAAGAAGAAUCUCCCCACGGAUGCGAGUGCAUCGACAGCAGCCAAGAAGUCCAGGAACUGGCAUGAGCUCUUCAAGAACCAAAAGCGACAGAAGCGGUGA